AUGAAAUCUGAAAAUAAAACAACACUUGUAGCAGAAUUCCUCCUCCUGGGACUCUCAGAGGAUCCAGACCUGCAGCCUGUCCUCUUUGGCCUGUUUUUGUCCAUAUACUUGCUCACAGUGCUUGGGAACCUGCUCAUCAUCCUGGCCGUCACCUCUGACUCCCACCUCCACACUCCCAUGUACUUCUUCCUCUGUAACCUGUCCUUGGCUGACAUCUGUAGCACCUCCACGUUAGUCCCUAAGAUGCUGCUCAACAUCCAGACAGAAAGCAAAGCCAUAAUUUACGCAGGCUGCCUAGCUCAAGCAUAUUUUUUCUUGGUUUUCAUAUGUAUGGACAAUUUACUGCUAACGGUGAUGGCCUAUGAUCGCUAUGUGGCCAUAUGCCACCCCCUGCAUUACACGGUCAUCAUGAAUCCCCGCCUCUGUGUCCAGCUGGUUCUGAUCUGUCUGCUCAUCAGCACUGUGGAUGCCCUGCUGCACACUCUGAUGCUGAUGCGUCUGUCUUUCUGCAAACACCUGGAGAUCCCUCACUUCUUCUGUGACCUUGCUCAGAUCCUCAAGAUGGCCUGUUCCGAUACCUUCAUCAAUAAUAUCAUGGUUUAUUUAACAACCUUUCUGUUAGGUAUUGGUCCUGUGUCUGGCAUAAUUUUCUCUUAUACUCGAAUUGUCUCCUCCAUCCUAAGAAUUCCAUCAACUGGUGGAAAGUACAAAGCUUUUUCUACCUGUGGGUCUCACCUAUCAGUGGUUUCCUUGUUCUAUGGGACAGCUAUUGGGGUUUAUCUUAGUUCUGCAGUUACUGAUUCUCCAAGGAAGGCUAUAGUGGCCUCAGUGAUGUAUGCACUGGUCACCCCCAUGCUGAACCCCUUCAUCUACAGCCUGAGGAACAAGGACAUGAAGGGGGCCUUGAGAAAACUCACCAUGGGGAUGCUGCUGCAGGUCAUCGUCACCCCAGGGAAAAGAGUUCCUGCAGGAUGUGGCAGGGGCAUGGGGGAGCUGACCUCAGACACCAGGAUGGCAGACUCUGCCCUUCCUCUAGUGUAA